CUCCGGUUGCCUCUCAUCACCUCUGCAAGCUGCUGCCACUGCAUUUUGUGCUGCUCCUUUGAAGAAGACUAACUUGAAAAAGGCACAGUAAAGGGUUUUGCUUAGCUUUUACAAAAGCAUCAGUGUUUCUUCGGGUGUUAAAACGAUGGCUUUUCAGAUGCUACUCCUUACAGUAAUGUCCAUGUGGGUUCUGGCUUGGAACUUCCAAGCGGAGGCAACCUACUAUCACCGCCAGACAGUCCACCACGAACACUCUGCUAACAUGGAAAACCUCCUGCCCGAAAACCUCCUGCCCGAAAACCUCCUGCCCGAAAACCUCCUGCCCGAAGUUGUGCCUGAAGUCUUGCCUGAGGUCUCCCAACCUGUCAACAGCCGCACUUUCUUUGGGAUCAUGUUUGAUGCUGGGAGCACAGGCACCCGGAUCCACAUCUACAAGUUUAUUCAGAAAGACCCUGUUGAGCUGCCAGUUCUGGACAAUGAGAUGUAUCAUGCAGUGAAGCCUGGUCUGUCUGCCUAUAAAGAUAAGCCUGAAGAGGGUGGGAACACGAUCAGAGCGCUGCUGAAGGUGGCCAAGAAGACGGUUCCAGAGCACGAGUGGAAGCAGACCCCGGUGGUCCUGAAAGCCACAGCCGGGCUCCGACUCCUACCUGAGGAGAAGGCUAACGCUCUGCUGAAUGAGGUUCGGGAAGUCUUCGACGAGUCCCCCUUCUUUGUACCAAACAACAGUGUCUCCAUAAUGAAUGGAACAAAUGAAGGAGUCCUGGCCUGGGUAACGGUGAACUUUUUGACAGGUCACUUGUAUGCCAAAACCAGGAAGACAGUGGGGAUCCUGGACUUGGGUGGAGGAUCUACCCAGAUCACUUUCCUUCCUAAAUCAAAGAAAACAGUUUUCACCGCCCCAGCCAGUUACAUUGCCAAUAUCAACAUGUUCAAUAACACUCUACAACUCUACACUCACAGCUACCUUGGAAAUGGACUCGUAGCGGCUCGAUUGGCAACUCUUGGGGCUUUGGGAGCUGAUGGUCUGGACUGGAAAGUUUUCACAAGCUCCUGUCUACCCAAGAAGUUCAGAGAGGACUGGACUUUUGGGGGAAUCACCUACAAAGUUAGCGGAAUUCCUGAUGGUUAUGCAGGGUACAAGCUGUGUUACUAUGAGGUGAUGAGAGUGGUGAAAGGCAUCGUACACCAGCCGUUCGAGAUAAAGGGCAGCAGCAUCUUCUAUGCCUUCUCCUACUACUUCGACAGAGCUGUGGAGUCAGGCCUCAUUGAUGGCAGUCGGGGUGGUAUAGUAGAAGUCAGGGAUUUCAAGAAGAGAGCCAAAGAAGUGUGCAACAAGAUGACCAAGUACCGUCCCAUCAGCCCCUUCCUCUGCAUGGAUAUGACAUAUAUCACAUGCCUGUUGAAGGAGGGCUUUGGCUUCAAGGACAACACAGUGCUGCAGCUCGCCAAGAAGGUGAACAAUGUUGAGACAAGUUGGGCCUUGGGAGCCACAUUCGAUCACUUCAACAACCUCAACAUCCACUAAGGGCAGCUAGCCUACCUGCACUGAGAGGGACAGCCUGUUACU